GAAACUUAAAUCCACUUCCGAAAUGAGAACGCCGACAUUUUGGGGGACAAUUUUAGACGCGCUCUCGCUUUGCUAAAUGUUUCUUCUCGUUUGCGCGACCGAACGAAAGUGUUUAUAAAUUCAACGAGGAAGUGCCGACUUGCGAACCAGCUCUUUUUAUCUGUGUAUUUAUUAAGUUACAAACUAACUGCGUUAUGUGUUUUGUGCGUGUUUAUUUUGUUUGUUUGUUUUUUUUUUGUGUGUGUGCGCGUGUGUCUCCCAACACACCCACCCACAGCUUGGCUCGGAGUCGCUUGUUUGGAACCAUGGCACAGAAGACGCCGCGAUGCACACGUCGACUGCGCUCGUGGAUCGUGGAACAGGUGCGCGUGCGCGUGACCAGCGGUCAGUUUCCUGGUCUGAAGUGGGAGGAUGAGGCCCAAACAAUGUUCCGCAUCCCGUGGAAACAUGCCGGCAAGCAGGACUUCCGCAAGGACGAGGAUGCCGCCAUUUUCAAGGCGUGGGCGCAGUUCAAGGGCAGGCUGAGCGACAGCAAUCCGGCCAGCUGGAAGACGCGACUGCGCUGCGCCCUCAACAAGAGCCCCGAGUUCAGCGAGGUGGUGGAGCGAGCCCAGCUGGACAUCUCCGAGCCCUACAAAGUCUACCGACUGGUACCCACCGGCGAGCAGGGUGAAAAUGGAGCACAAAAGCCGGAGAAGAAAUGUCGUAAGAAAAGCGUCAGGAAGUCGAAGCGCAGGAGCAGCUGCAGCAGCAGAGACGGAGCAGUCGGUGAAGAAGUGGCUCACAUCAAGCGAAUCAAGAUGGAGGAUGACGUCAAAAUCCAGCUGCGUGCUGAAGACGUCGAGCUCCAGACUGAGCAUCUCCUGCCAGAACAGCAUCCGGUCCAGAUAGACGGCGACACACAGGAAGCCCCGCUCAGCGAGAUCCAACUGGACGUCCGCAUUGAGGAGAGCGUCACGCCUUCUCCGGAAGAUGGUUGCUUAGAAAAGGACUCACUACACGUGACGGUGCACUACUUGGGCCAGCAAAUGCUGACACGUCACAUCCACGGGCCCGACGUGCGCGUCUUGUACGCGCCGUCGACCUCGCCCAUGCCGCCCACGCCGACCCCCGACGUCUGCUUCCCGCGCAUCCACCUGCCGGAACCGCUGCCCUCGCCGCCUUUGCCGCCCACCGACAGGGCGGCGCUGCUCUCCCUGCUGCCUUUCAUGGAGAGGGGCGUGGUGCUCACGUCCACCUGCCAGGGCGUGUACGGCCGCCGCUUCUGCCGCGGCCGGGUCUUCUGGACGGGGCCGCACACCACCUCGCCCGGUCUGUGCAAAAUGGAGAGGAACUCUGAGCCCGUCCUGCUCUUCAGCAAAGACGCCUUCAAGCAACAGCUGGACAACUUCCGCGUGAACGGCGGCGAGCCGCCGCAGUGCAGCCUCACUCUCAGCUUCGGCGAAGAACUCAGCUGCACCGACGAUCCGACCGGAAAACUCAUCAUCGUUCAGGUGACGCUGCCGUGGGCCGAGCAGCAGGUGGAAAGCGCUCGCUCCAUCCUGGACCCCUACGGCCUCCUGCAGUCUCCGCUGGACGAGAUCACGCUCAACUUGGUGGCCGUGCAGACGGCCGAGCCGGCGCCCUGACGGAAGGUCGCAGCGGGCUCUUGAGCCAAAAUAGCACAAAUGUCACUUUUCUUGAAUAGGCGGGGGUAUUUUCAUCAAGUUUGAACUCUGCCCGACUGAAUGGAACGACGUGGCACACACUACAAACUGGGACAAAACACACUGGCUGGAAUUUCACUGGGGCUCAAGGUGGCCAAUUUAAUGGAGAAUUCGAUUCUAUGUCGAGAGGUCAUCAAAAGUCAACACACCCGUUCAAUGCCAAUUUUGUGAUAACAAAAUUCGACCAAGAGAACUCAUUUCAAAACUUUUCCCGCCAGUAGCAUGACCUACAACCUGUACAACAGCUUCAAUAUUUUCAAAGUGGGAAAUAUAAAUGACUGAUAGGACAGUUGGAAAAAUCUUGGUCUUUUUUUUUUUAAAUCACCAAAAAAAUUGUCAUUUGGACAAGGGUGUGCAGAGGUUUCUGUUUACAUUCUUAGAACACACAAAACCACCACCAGACCUCCAAAUGGCAUCGAAAAAACUCCACAAGUGUCAACAUUGUGCCGUGACAACAUGGACGUAUGCAGUCGUACGUCCAGUAAAUAACACAAUUAUGGCGUGUUUCGUCGCGUUCGUUCCGCCUACAUUGACCCGCCCAACUUAACGUAUUUAAUGUUCUAUGCACCUCCACUGUAUUAAUUUUAGACCAUAUUUAAUGUUAUAUUCUUAGUGUAAUUUGUUUACAGCAGGUUUUUAUUUUAUUUUUUUUAAUUUGUGCAGACAUCGACCAGGUUUAUCUCGUCCAGGCGUUUACGCUGCGCUCACAUCAGCAGAUAUCCGAUAUUUGUCACAUUUGUAGUUAUUUUCGUGUCCCGGUUUUGACACUUGAGAACAUGCAAAAUGUCAAUCUUGUCAUUCAUUCUGAAGAUCAAAAUCAUGUCGUGAAUAUUUAUGGUUUGGCAAUUGGGGUUUUUUUCCCCUAUUUUUAGAAUUUGUGCACUUGUUAGUCAAUGAAAAAGUGACCUAAUAACUGUUUUUAUAUGCCCAUCUUGGUGUCAUGUUUGGAGUGAAUUGGGGAGCUUUGUUUCGAGAAAAGUAGCACCGUGCUGCCAUCUUUUGGCAAUCAAACUUUUUUUUUUUUUUUUUUUUACUAACAACCAAAAACAUAGUGCACGGUUAACCUUUUUAUUAUUAUUAAACACACUCACUGAUAGGUUAGGGUCAUUUCAUGUCAGCAUAAACGGAAAAAGUCCAAGUGGAUGGAAUGUGAAGUGGAGUCUUCUUGUGGCGUGUUUACAUGUCCUUGAAGUCAAAACGACAUUCCUCGGGACAAAAACAAGGGUUGGCACACAUACUGCUCUUGUCAUUUGUUCUGUUGUGUUCGUGAAACAACUUGAUGAAGAAUAAAAGUUUUCAACAGCAUUCUUGUUAUUAUCCCUCCCGGUAACAG